AGGCGGGGAAGAUGCCGCUGCCGUCGCCGGGUUUGCCGCCGUUCUUCUACGGCGGCGACUCGCUGUCGCAGCCCCCGCCGGCCCAUAUGGGCAUUCCGCCGUACCAGCUGGACCCCAAACCAGGGAUGCCCCGGCCGUCCGUGUACCCGUUCACUCCGGUGUCGUCACACUGCCCGUACCCGCCACUCGGCGGGCCAGACCUACCACCGUGGCACGCACCCGCCCUCUACCCGUCAACGUCUGGGGCGUUCAGGUCACCCUACUCCACUCUACCCGCCAGUCUACACAGGUUUUCACCUGGUUUGCUGCCGCCCUGGCCUCCCUCCCCAUCUGCUGCACCCCGACUACCUGAAACACAACGGAGACCACAGGCACAGCGCCGAUGUGAAGCCUGUGAUAUCGGCCCCGCCCCCCGUCUCAGGCUCCAAGUCCUCUCAGCAGCACUGCCAGGAGCCCGAAAAGAAGAAGUGUCACAUCAAGAAGCCGCUGAACGCGUUCAUGCUGUACAUGAAGGAGAUGCGGGCCAAAGUGGUCGCGGAGUGCACGCUCAAGGAGUCGGCUGCCAUCAACCAGAUCCUCGGCCGACGGUGGAGUGCGUUAUCUAAAGAGGACCAGGCUGUGUUCUAUGAAAAGGCUCGCAUCGAAAAAGAGAAGUGGCACGCGCUGAACCGCGAGGAGCAGUCCAAGUACUACGAGAUGGCGCGGAAGGAGCGCCAGCUGCACAUGCAGAUGUACCCCGGUUGGUCGGCCCGGGACAACUACGCCCAGGCCAAGAAGAAGAAGCGGAAACGGGACAAGGUGGACGGAGGUGAGUUAGAAGCGCAAAUGAAGAAAUGCCGCGCGCGCUACGGCCUGGAGCAGCAGGACCAGUGGUGCAAGCCAUGCAGACGGAAAAAGAAGUGCAUCCGCUACAUGGAAGACGGCGAGGGCGGCGGAGACGGCGAGGACUGCGACGACGACUGCGACGAGGACGGUAUGGACUCGUCGGGCAACGGCGACGAGGCGCAGACGCCCAACUCCAACUCGACCGACGACCAGACGGCCACCAACUCGCCGUCGGUGUCGAUGCCGAGCCUGGCCAGCCCGGCCAACUCGUUCGCGUCGCUGCUGUCGCCGAGCUCGAUGGCGCCGUCGCCGAUGACGCCGGCCGGCGGCCCGGCCAGCGGCGGCGACCCGCUGGCGGCGCCCGUGUUCCAGCAGCCGCGCACGCCGGUCGGCGCCAACCCGCGCGACGCCAACAACCCGCUGAGCGUAGGGCAGCUGACCAACAGCUCGCCGCGGCCGUGCCCGGCGCGGACCAGUCAGUGCGUUUCGCCGCGGCCGCCGCCGCCGCCCGCCUCCUGCGUCAGCGUGACGUGACGGUCGCGGCCGGCGACGCGACGCCGCGUGGCGUCAGUGUGCCAUAGGGGGAACGAGAGUGCCGAAUUCAGGUGCAAUCGGCGAUUGCCGCACCUGCUUCCCAACCAUGCUUACAGAAUGUGAUAUUGCUUCUGCUCACGCGUCGGGCGGCCGCCGCCUGUGUUGGGCUCAGUUGGUCGUUGUUUUGCUCAGCCGCGCGGCGCGCACGCGAACUGGGCAUUGGGAGGGCGCCGAUAGGUGGCGGGCGCGCCGCUGUUGUUUGGAGGUGUUAUAUUUUGGUAUUGCGCGCUUUCAGUCGCACGUGCACCGCGUUCGGUGCGCUGGCGGCCGGCCUGGCGUUUGUUUCGUUGACGGGACGCCGCGCGAACGGCGGCCACGUCGAAAGAUCCCAGUUCUUUAGUUGCGUAACUCCCUAAAACGCGCCCGAAACUUACCUCAUUUCAGCUUAACAUUCAUUCCAUAUUGACAUGUAAAUAGAGGAUUUUUAUGGGUGAUCAUAGUGUACAUUGUGCGUGCGUAUGUGUGUAUUCGCUGACUCUCACCAGUGCUGGGUUUCUGUUCGUGAUGUUCGCUUGAUAAGAAGUCCUCGUGUCAUAGCUGCGUAACUAAUGCUUCUCUUGGCGGCCAACGGAUGGCGGGCGGUCCGCGUGACCAGUUCGUCCACUGGUCGAAAUGACGAUUUAUUGCGUGUUCCUGUUUUGCCAUUUCAAAUGCCGCGAUACUCAUGUACAAAAUUGUCCCUGCGCUCGCGGCUGCAACACCAGCGAACCGGCGCGAGCGAUUCUUCCGUCUUGGCGGGGUGUGCAACAUCACGCGUUUGUCGCCGAGCGACCCCGUGUCGUAAGGUGCCACGCCGGCCUGUUGAGCGGCGCUCGAACCGAUCCGACCGCGUACUCCACGUUAGCUAUGCAAGAUGGCGUCCGUCGCUGCCCCCGGUGAAACAUCUUAAAAUGGCUGCUGGACGAAGGCAGGCGCUUCGCGUGAAAUGCCUGUGUGCCGCUGUCAUUACACCGGCUUCUGGCUUCCUCUCUCGAUAGUGUUUUGGUUACGUACUCUUCUCAUGUGGUGCGAUGUCGUGCUGUUCUCUUCGGAGGCAGUAAUGGGAUUUGUUUCUGUUGCAAAAUCUGUCUCAUUUCAUGGCUUUCCGUUCCGAAAUUCGUAUGCUACUCUGUCUCGUCGAUCGCGGCAGUGGUGCUUCGAGUGGUAAAAUUUUCGGGCAUCUCGAGGGGAACCUGCGAUGCAUAUUCCAAAACGAUUAUGAUUGACGUAACGAACAUUAUUAUGUGACACCACUGCUGAUUUUUGAUCAGUCGCUCAUGUCUCCCCCGUUGUCAGAGCCUUCUUGAGGCGUAGUGUUUGGGAAGUCAGUCCAGCUCCUCAAUACAAAUGUUUGCCACGCCUUCCCCUGCAUGAACAGAGCGGGCGCUUAUUUCUGACGUAAAAUAUCCUGAAUGACGUCACGCAGCAUAUAUUGGCAACCUGUACGCACAGUCCCCGAUUCGCGUUUCCGUCGCCUUGGCCGUUGUCAGAAUGCUGUGGGCUGGCUGAAGUUCGUGGUUCUCAUGCUAUGUGCUAGGAUGUUUCCGUUCUUUUUCCCCACGCCAGUCGGCUUCAGUCGUUGUUAUCAGUCGUAACAGAAGCACUUCUUUCAUUUGUGAGCCGAUAAAAUUCGAACGCGGCAGAGACCGGCACGUGCAUCGAGCCAGCCAGGAAGCCAGGCCGGCGCGUGCAUCGAGCCUCAGAUGCCAAACUCGCUGUCUACUACUGACGUCAUCAAAUCGAUGUCUCCGUUUUUCAGACAAUCAUUACCCGAGGCAAUAGUGUUAACCACAGGCGUGCGGUCGUGUGGCUGGACGUAGAUCAGUGAAUGCCGUUCCUGUACAUGUGUGACGCCAUUAUGACGUCACUGCCGGUUUGUAACGAUCUCGCGGUGCGGACAUGUUGAUGUAUGCUUGUGACGCAGAAAUACAGUGUUGACUUGACCUGCG